AUGAUGUUUUGGGGCUCUAAAUCUGGUAUCAGUAGUAAAUAUAGCUUUUCGUCCUCUGCUACUUUUACAUCAGAACCUUGGAGCGUAUACACAGGUAGAUUGAAGACUGCAACUAGUGGCUCAUCCAAUUCCAAAGUGUCAAUAUUUAUCUUUGAUAAGAAACUAUUUGAAAAUUACCUAUCCAAUUAUGGUAUUAUUAAGUCGAAAACAUCUAGCAAUGAUAGGAAACUUCUCGAAGAGGCCUACGAUAUUUUGAGAAACCAAGUUAAUAAUCUAGCUCGUUUAAAACAUCCAAAUAUCUUAACAUUACUAGAGCCAUUAGAAGAACACAGUAAAAACUUCAUGUUUGUAUCAGAAUUUAUUACAGGUACUGUGGAGACUAUUUUUACUAAGAAGAAUGAUGAAGAGGAUUUUUUAAAAGGACAUGUAACGGACGAAAUCGUGAUUCACAGGGGUAUCUUUCAAUUGGUACAUGCAUUAGAUUUUAUUCAUAAUAGAACAAAUUCUGUUCAUCUAGAUAUUCAACCAAAAACUAUCUUCAUUAAUGAAAACUCCGACUGGAAGAUCUCUGGGUUUGGCCAUAUCAUGAAGUUACCUGAUAAUGGUAACAAUUCGACUACGGAAUAUGACAUUCCACAUUAUGAUCCUAGAGUUCCUGCUUUUAUACAUUUAGCAUUGGAUUACACUGCACCUGAAAUAGUUUUAGAUCACGCUGUAUCCACAAAAAGUGAUAUGUUUUCGUUAGGUCUCUUGAUGUAUUCACUGUAUUCUAAGGAGAGUUUGUUACAUACAGAAAACUCGACAUCUGAGUAUAAGGAUGAAUACAUUAAAUUUCAAAAGAAAGUAAGUACGAUGUCGUGGGACAAUGUAUUUAUUAAGUUACCUGCGAAGUUGAGACACUGUAUCCCAAUGUUGAUCAACAGAGAUAUUUUUGCACGUUAUGAUAAUAUUACAAAUUUCUUAGAGAGUGAAUUCUUCCAGGAUCCAAUGAUCAAGACAUUAAAUUUCUUAGACGACCUACCAACCAAGAGUAACGAGGACAAACUUAUAUUCUUAGAAGGUUUAGAAGAAUUAUUACCACAGUUCCCAGUGACCUUACUACAAAAGAAGUUUUUAGCAGUGCUGUUAAGUUUAUUAAAUCAGUUAUGUGCUGAAAGGAAUGUUAAUUCACGAUGCGUUUCAUUGAAUUUAAGCCUUGUUAUUAAGAUCGGUGCUACAAUUUCCCAACUAUCGUUUCAAGAGAGGAUACUACCCGUUUUAACUAACAAAACAAAUUUCCCAGUACUAUUAGCCUAUGCCACUACUGGUUUGAUCGAUAACUUAAAUAUUCUAAAGGAAAAAAUUAAGUCUAAUGAAUACAUAGAGAACAUUUUGAAACCUUUGUUAACCUCGGUAUUGAAUGAUAUGGAGGGAGAGACCUCCAUCGUGCCUCAAGAAAAGUUAUUAAUGCACGUUCCUUUAAUUUUAGAGAGUAUAGAUUUUUUAACAGUGAAGAAAUUUUUACUACCAUUGAUCUCAAAAUUGUUCACAAAGACCACUAGUCUAAAGAUAAAAGUCAUAUGUGUCGAGUCGUUCGAGACUUUAAUUGAAAAGAAAACCAUAGACUCAUACAUCUGUUGUGAUGAAGUGUUGCCAUUAUUUAAAUCGAUGAAAAGUAGAGAUUCGAGAAUUCUGAUGAAAUCAUUAAAAUUUUUCCAGAUUGUACCAAAUCUAGUAGAGGAUGAAAGUAUAUUAGUCUGUCAAUUACUGCCGCUAAUCUGGAGUUACUCUCUUACAGACACAUUAAAUUCUAGCGAAUACACUGAGUUCAUCAAGGUUAUCAACAAGAUAUCUGGGGACAUACAGAAAGUCCACAUAGGUAAACUAGAGAAGAACACCAGCAACAGCCAGAGCAACAAGAACUUUAACAAGAUCAUCGACUCUGCUGCAAUGGAUUCCAUGGGCUUAAAUAAGUCAUCAUCAUCACUUCCGCAAGAACCAGUCAUGGCCACUCCGGCAAUCAUUCCUGUCAAAAAGACUCCUACAAACAUUCCCAUUCCAGUUCACUCAUCUUCACAGCCACAGCCACAAAGCAAUCCAUUGAAAAAGGCUCCAACUUCCACAGUGCCGUCAACCACAACAUAUGGUAAACCGUCUAACACAUUAGACGGGUUCAGCGAUUUUGUCGGCACUCCAAGCAUCACCACCCCCCCUAGCACCAGCACGCCAGUGAUGUCAUUAAACAGAAAAACUGACACCACUUCCUCUGCCAAAUCAACCCUCCCACCGGGCUUCUCUGUCCCCUUGCAGCCAAUGAGAAGCACCUCCAAAUCAGCGAUGACCCCAGCAACAUCGACAACUACCAGCAACAACAACACCUGGAACCCAAACAACGGCGACUCGUUGAUAUAA